AUGGAACCGUUUCCUAAAGCAGCAAACGACAUAACAAAUUCUAACGGUGAAGAACAACCAUCAUCAAUGUCCUGUAUAUGCACAAAUGACGAAUUGGAUAAGAUACUUGCAGAUAGUAACAUGUUUCCAACCAACACAUUUGAUGAUAUCUCAACUCCUAUUGAUUCAAACAGUAAUAAUGACCAGUUUGAUAUUAAUCUUCUUAUUGGUUCGUCUAAUGCUGAAACUAAUACUUGGACAAUUGAUUACCCAUUUGAUACUAAUGAUAUAAAAGAUAUAAUUGACUCUCUUAAAACUGAAUCAAUUGAAACAGAACAAAGUAUUAUCAUAGAAAGUAAUGACUCAACGGAUUUUUAUGAUUCAAAAUGGAAAAAUUCACCAUCAUGGUCUGUUCAAAUGGGUAAUUCGCCAGUGGAACCAAAAGUUGAUCUUAGUAAGCAGUUAACUAUAUCAAUGAGAGGAUUUUCAUUUGGUUUUUAUAAUUGUAUUCCAGUUUCAACAUGCGCACAAGCUGUUAUUCAAGAACAAGAACGAUUAAUUAGACAGGCACAAUCCCAAAAAAUCAAAAACUAUCAACAAAGUUCAGCAACCGUCGCCCCUGUCGAAUAUAUAUUUAAUUCGGGCGGUUGUGAACCAUGUACCACUGUACAAAUGUACAAUGAUUUUGCAUAUCAACAACAAAUGAUUGAAUAUGAUGCUAUGGAAUCAAAGAAAAUUCAAAUCAAAUGUCAACCACGUGCGAAAUACCGUCCACGAACACAAAAUGAAAGUAAAAACUCUGCACACUAUGUACGAUGUGAAGAAGGAGUCAAACCGGAAUACCCAACAAUUUUGAUUCCUUCGACAUGGAAUUUUCAAUCAGAUGUAAAUAUUAUUGAAGUUGCUUUGAUGGGCAUCGAUAAACAACCUCAUCCAUAUUCAAUUGAUAAUAAAACUAGUUCAGAUACAUAUGAAGAUUAUGCAUUAAUCUUUAAACAAAAUGACCCAAAUGUUUUAUACUUCCGUUUAACAAAUGAAGAUUUUCAAAAUGGAUAUAAAACUUUUAUGAUUGAAAUGAUUAAAAGUAAACAAGAUCAUAUUAUAACAAAAGAAUUAAUUCGUACAAGACAACUUGAACAGUCAAUGUUUCGAUUCACACGUAUUUUUCAAGUAGGAAAAGGAGAAUUUCAACGUGAUGAAGGUAGUACAGAAUAUUCUUCCAUUAUGACUGAAGCUUAUGGUGAUGUUGAAGUUGAACAUAUGGGUCCACGAUAUGGUCCAAUGUGUGGACAAGAGAUGGUAUAUGUUGUUCUCAAGGGUCGUAUCCUUAAAAAUGAUUUAAAAAUUGAGAUUGUUGAAAAUUUAACUAGUUGGCAUUAUUCAGUGGAAAAUUUCACUAAAAAUGGAAAUAUUGUUUAUUUUCUAAUGCCAGCUUUUCCAUGUUCACAAUUUGAUACUAUGAAAGCAAAUAUCAUUAUAUACUAUAAAGGAGAAGAAUUACAUCAAAUAAGCUAUCUAUACAAAGGAUCAUUAGAUCAAGAAUUAGCCGAACUUAGUUUAAAUGAUUCAGGCGCAACUACUGUAUCAGCAUCAAUAUCCAAGAGUUUCGAUCCUUUCGACUUGAUUACAGCUACCGGUGUCUGUCCGACUGUCUCUCCUCGAAGAACAUCGACACUUAAACGUACAAAAGGUUUGAUUAAAACAGAAAAACAAAAACAAAAACAAUCAUAA